AUGCGGGCACGAGGCGAUGCCCGGCCACCUUCGCCUCCUCUCCGCCGCCCACCUUCUCCCCGUACCCGCCGCCAACUCCUUCCGCCGCCUCCGCCUCCUCCUCCUGCACCCCGCGUCGGCCUGGCCGGGCCACCGCGCCCGCGCUUGUCCUGCGCCGGCGCGGCCGUCGCGCGAGCCGGCGGCGCCGCCGGGGACGGUGAGGAGGAGGAGGUGGCGGCGGGGAUAUGGGAGCAGGUGCGGGACAUCGUCGUGUUCGCGGGGCCCGCACUGGGGCUCUGGAUCUGCGGCCCGCUCGUGAGCCUCAUCGACACCAUGGUCAUCGACCAGACCUCCUCCUUCCAGCUCGCCGCAUUAGGGCCUGGGACUGUGUUCUGCGACUACCUAUGUUACAUAUUCAUGUUCCUCUCUGUUGCAACCUCCAACAUGGUGGCCACCUCGUUAGCUAAGAAGGAUGAAGAACUUGCACAACAUCAAGUGUCUAUGUUGCUGUUUGUUGCUCUUGCUUGUGGCAUAGGAAUGUUUUUGUUCACUAAGGUUUUUGGUACUCAAGUAUUGACUGCUUUUACUGGAUCAGGGAAUUAUGAAAUUAUCUCUUCGGCCAAUACAUAUGCACAGAUAAGAGGCUUCACAUGGCCUGCCGUUCUUGUUGGCUUAGUUGCUCAAAGUGCUAGUCUAGGCAUGAAGGAUUCUUGGGGUCCUCUGAAGGCGUUGGCAGCUGCUAGUAUUAUAAAUGGUGUUGGUGAUAUAUUUCUUUGCUCGGUAUGUGGCUAUGGAAUUGCUGGUGCUGCCUGGGCAACUAUGGUUUCACAGUUUCAAGCCUUACCAGAUUUGCUUAAGUGUCAAGCAACUCUAAGUAUCAUUAAAGAUGGAUCAACCUAUGUCCAAUGCUUAUUUCAACAUGGAUGUUCGAAUUCUCGCAUACACGGAACACAAGAUGUUGAAAAGUGCCAAGAAAAUGGUUUCAAAGCACUAUAUGGACCUGCAGUUCUGCGAUGGCCAAGCACUGAGGAGACACUUUUUGAUCAGCCUAUUGACAGCCUAUUGACGUACGACGGGAAUUCAUGUUGAUAUGUAAUACUUGUAGGUUUACGAGAAUAUAUUAGCUAUAUCGUAGGUAAGACGAUUUGAAAGAGAUAGUCGUGGAAAUAAAUAUAUUUCUAUGGACUUAUUUAUUUGUACUCAAAGUUCAUAGUUGUAUUUGUAAUUCAAGUUGCAAGCUCUAUUUAAAAGCGGUUUUAUUAUUUGUCGUGUGGUAAUCCCCUAUGCAAUGAGAUGAUAACUAAAAAGUCUAUCUUCCUUUUU